AUGCUCAGCCGUAGCGUGUCCUCGUAUACUACAAGAUCGUCCUCGACCUUGACUGCGGUUGAAGGUCGAGAUCGAAGACCCAGUCGGCCUCGCGCGUCAUACCCACCAGUACCUUCAGAGAUACCAUCUCCAGCCUCCGUAGACGAGCAUGUGGCACAUCUUCUGGCAUCUGGAGAACAGCUGAUGCAGGUGUUGGAAUUAUGGAAUGUCAACAAGAAAGCAGUCUGGCAAGUCAGCGCUACUUUCGCGAGGUUCUCAAACGAAUGCAAUGCCUCGCUAUCCGUCUUUGCAGCAGCUGGGGCCGAUGUAACUGUUCUGCAGAGCCUACCUUCCGAAAUUCGACCAGUGCUUGAGCAGGUGUUGUCACACGACCCUUCUCCGUCCCGCUUUCAACAGGACAAGGCUUCACUGGACCCUCUCAAUCAGCGCUUUCUCUCCGAACUCAAUAGAGUGAAGGAAUCUUACGGUGUGGCGUCUGAAACACCGAAACAGUCAGAGGCGACGAAAUCCCGGAGCAUUAACCGAUGCCUAGAAACGUUCGUGAAGUCAGUGGGGAAGUUGAAAGAGGCCGUAGAUGUUUGGAGCAUGAAGGAGAUUCCGGACGAUGACAUUCGGGCCAGUCUACAGCAACUUGAAGAGGCCUGGAAGGCCUUGGAUUGUUCUUUCGACGAUCGGGGAAUGGACCUAGCGGACGAUGUAACACCAAUAUACCAGGAAUUGAAGACCCUCAUCAACACGCUCAUAUCGCCAGAUGUUGCGACCGAAUGGGACGAGCCAUUCGAUGACCAGCUUAGCCAAGUUCUCAUUCGCCUGCUUAGUACUCUGAAGACAAAGCAGGCACAACUUGUCCAGGCCCGCCAAGAACUCAAGCGGCGAGCGACGUUCCGGCUGCGCAGUUCUGCAUUCGAAGAAUUACCUGCACCGGCGGUGAAGGUACCCAGCACGAUGUCGCGUGCCACUGGCUUGAGGAGAAACUUUACCAGAUGAGAAGGACCUAGUUUUUAGGACGGAGGAAGGCGAUACCCAGACUCUUAUUCGCAGACCCCUUUUCUCGUACAUGUAUAUUUGUUUCACCCAUUGUUGUAUCCAUACAUGUU